AUGGCCGACUUCCAGCAACUCAACUUUCAGUCCUUCCAGCUGCAUUCUAACCGUCCAGUCCAGGUGUCAAGCAUCCCAGAAAAAUCUCUGAUCAAUCCCAGCCAUCCGUUUUGGCUGCAAACGCUGAAUAGGGUGAUAGGGGAGGGACUCAUUGAUUCGAAGCGAUCUCUCAUUCCAUACACUCUCGAGAGCUACGGGCUUUUCGUUUUGAAAUCCUACAACUCUCUUUCUACUCUCCUGAUCCCCUCCCGAUGUUUGGUUGCUGCUAACGGCAAGAUCAAGGCUAAACCGAAGCUUGGAUCGUCCCAUUUGUUGGAGCUCGCGCUAGAAGCUUCAUCUGAAAUCAGAGUCUUCUGGAGAACAACACGGGGACAAUCCAAAUAUUCAACCGUGCUUAAAUCAUCCAAAUCCGUUGAUUAUAUUGCGGUUAUGACAACUGGACAAAGUGUAUUAUUUAAAUUUCUAGGAACCGAGUACAUCUUUUCUGUUAACCAAGCUUGGGUAGAGGAACAAGAAACAUCAGAUGCUAUUGAAAGAGGGAUAGCUACCAAUGACACAUAUAUAGUAUUUGUAGUUGCCUCAAGCUCACUGAUAAAGAUCAUUAAUCAACGUGAAGCUGUAAGUAGUAUUUUAUGGCAGACAGGCUUUAAUCUCCAGAAGUUUGGAAUAGGAGGACUUGGUGAAGAAUUUGCUCAAAUCUUUCGCAGAGCAUUUGCUUCUCGUCUUUUCCCUCCCCAUGUUAUAAAUAAAUUGGGCAUCAAGCAUGUGAAGGGCAUGUUGCUUUAUGGGCCUCCGGGUACUGGAAAAACACUUAUGGCUCGACAUAUUGGAAAAUUGCUUAGUGGAAGGGAACCAAAGAUUGUUAGUGGACCUGAAGUAUUGAACAAAUACAGUGGACAAACAGAGAAAAAUGUGAGAGAUUUAUUUGUCCAUGCAGAACAGGAACAAAGGGCACGAGGUGAUCAAAGUGACUUACAUGUCAAAGUAUAAAAUUUUAGGAAAAAAAUUCAACAAAGAACUAUCAUUGCAAAUUAGGACGCUUAUACCUUCCCUGAGGGCCCUCCAAGAGACAAGAAAAUAGCUGGCCACGGAAAGAAUAUGCUUGUUAUUGGAACUACAAGUGAGGUCGAAUUUCUAGGGUCUAUUGGAUUUUGCAACGCCUUUUCUGUUUCUUAUCAUGUCCCAGCAUUGGCUAAGGCAGAUGUCAUAAAGGUAUUUUUUUCUUACAAAGUUGUGGAGCUAAAUUAGAUUGGCUAAUUUUGCAUUUUAUCAACGCUGCAUAAUCGUUUCUUUGUUAUUUAAAUAUCAUUAUUGUGGACAAAUUUUUGUACUUGUGCCUAGUUAGAAUAAUAGUUAUUUUAACUUUUUUAACCCCA